GCUUUCUCAGGGUGUCAAAAAGUUGCACAAGCAACAUACAGGAUUUUACAACACAGCCGUUUCGACGUCACGCCUUUUUGUUGUGGCCUUUCACCUUUCACCGGAGAACACGGACCUUUGUUCACGGCACCAGGCCACACACACACACACACACACACACACACACACAACACCUCCGGUCCUCGCUGGUCCCUCGCCUUAUACCAUCACGUUUGUCUGUUUUUUGGCCAACAGAAGGCUAAAUGAGCGCCUUUUGGGCUCUCCAGCCAGCGUCGUGAUUUUACCGGUAUGUGAAUUUGUGGAGCGCUUUUUUUUAACCCGAAGUCGCCACAGUGGUCAGGUCAUCGCAUUGGCCGUGAAUCCUUCCCGCACUUAACACACUGUUGGGCCAUGGAGCUGAGCUCAGUCCUUCUCACCACCGGGGGAGCCUUCGGAUUCUUCCGCCUGGUCAACACCGGAGUGGGCAGGUUACCAGUGCCAGCCAGUGCCUGCAAAAAUGCAACGAAAUGGAGAAACAUCUCCACGUCCUUCGUGCACAGUCUUGUCACGGCUAUAUGGGCAGUGCUUUGCUUUAUCCUUCAUCCACACAUGGCAGAAGAUUUGAUAGAAACACAUUCAGUGUUUUCUCAUUCAUUGGUCUCAUUUUCAAUCGGUUACUUCAUGUAUGACCUCUCUGACAUGGUGAAGCACCACAAGAUAAGUCAGUCCUGGGAGCUUGGUUUACAUCAUAUUGUAGUGAUCACCUGUUUCGGCCUGUCGGUAGUGACACAACGCUACAUUGGUUUUGCCGUGGUGGCCCUGUUGGUGGAGAUCAACUCUGUGUUCCUCCACCUCAGGCAGAUUCUGCGCAUGGCCAACCUGCCAGCGUGCACCGCCUACCGUGUCAACAGCAUGAUCAACCUGGGCACCUACGUGGUGUUCCGCAUCAACACCCUGGCCUGGAUGACUCGCUGGCUGGUGCUCAACAGGGACAAGGUGCCCCUCAUGUCCUACACGCUGGGCAGCGUGGGCCUGGCCAUCAUGACGGCCAUGAACAUUGUCCUGUUCUACCGCCUGCUCAGGACCGACUUCCUGAAGAGCAGCACUCGAGAGGCUAAGAAGGAGAAAGAAACGUAGAGAGAAGAAGAUUAGUAUCAGUCCUUUUCCUGUGGGUUGGAUUUGGUACAUUUUGCUUUUGUUUUUUUGUCAACCUAAUGCAACAUGUGCCCUCUGUGCAAAUGAGGCUCGACUAAUACUACACUUUUGACCCACUCUGUUUUGUGGUGUGUGCACAGCCCACACACACCUUCUCUCGUUCACUUCAUGCUAUUGCUGUAUAUCCUGGGAUAUAUCACCACCCAAUGAAUUAAUUAAUCAAAUUGAAAUAAUAAUGCAGAGGUGAUUUUUGUGUCAUAUUUAAAAAAAAAUAAAAUAAAAUUAAAAAAAAGCUGUUAACUUAAAACCACCUGCUACCUCAAAAAGCUUAAACACUUCACAGCCUCUUGAAACACACUUGCAAUAAAAUCCAACCAAUCCUCCUCACGCGAUGAUAAGAAAAGGGUGAUUUUACUGAUUUUAUUUGGCUCAUAUACAGAAAAUCCUCGACAUCUUUCAGUAUUGAUAGUGUAAUAUAGUCAAAUAAGCUGUCCUUUUUUCAAAUAGAUGCCUCCACUGUGUUUAUGAGAACACUAGAAAUCUGUGAAAUAGCCUGAAAUAGAUUUUGCCUCGACAUCUAUUGGCCUUUAGAGGACAGCACACUCCUCAGCUAUCACAUCAGUGACUUAAAAACGGACAAGAUCAGCACAAGUGGCUUUACCUUACAAAGCAUUGUGUGUGUGUGUGUGUGUGUGUGUGUGGGUGGCUCUGUAGCAUCCUGUCGCGAUCUGCCUCAGAGAUGUGUGACUACUGCAAACCGUCACGCUCAACACAGACAUCUGUAUUGAUAGUUUUGCUGUUUUUCUUGUCUUGGUGGUUCAAUUGUGCACAUUUGUAAUUUAUUUGUACUAACUGAAGUGUUCGAUUAAAGAUGUACUGAUUGUGUAAUGACUUUCCCACAUUUGAAGCGAAGGUUUAUUUGAUUUUUGUUGUCGUUUCCCCAGCUAAUAUUUUUCGUAAUUAUUUUUGGCCUUAAAUGAACCUUUCGUUGGGCAUAAUCACAGGACUUGUACACGAAUGAAUGCAGUCAUUGGUGUGGCGAUCAAUAUACUGUUGUACUAGCAAAAUGUAGGCAGCUUACUGUACCUUUGCAUCAGUGAAGGCGAGUGUGAUGUGAGCAGGGGUGCCGUCGGGCAUUCUGGGCCCCAUGAAAAAAAAAUCACAUUGGUGCCCACCCAGAGCAGCUGUUGUCACCACGUCUCUCUUUUUUUUUGGCGGGGGCCCUUGGAAUUGCCCUAACUUUCCCCGCUCUACAGCGCCCCUGGAUGGAAGUAUCAUCUUGCAACUACUAGAUGUUGUGCCUGGAGGAAUGUCAGUGAAUGUGAUGAGUGGUUUGCAAAGCGGUGACGACUUCUUAUUGCCACAACACCUUACAUGUUCCAUCAUACACAAUGUAUCAUUUCAGUGGAAGUGACUUAGGAACUUGUAAGUGUUUUUGGUCCCAAGUCGUGUAUAUUGAUGAAUAUUAAAAGUCAAAAUAGUGAAUAGUGAGGGUGUCGUGAAGCACAAUGCCUGAGGACAACGUCAGCUUUCCUUCAGCGGCAAAAUUGUAACAAGCCUUUGUCUUCAGUGUAUCACUUCUUGUUUUGUCACAGAUUAUUUUGUAUUUCAUGGUCCAAUUUCUAUGUUUAGAAAGUAACAUUUGUUUCAUGUGACAAUAAAGUUAUA